CCGCCCCGAAGCCAACCUCUUCUUCCCUGCCUACCUCCCCACUUGAUUGCCUCCGGUGCGCGCGAGAUCACGCAGCUCCCCAGCUUGUUUCUAGAGCCCUGGAGGCCUCCUUGCUACUCCCUCCAGGACCCCUCUCUGUGGCAGCCUCCCUGCUGUACCUGGGCAGGAUGUUCUGUGGCUCCUCAUCAGCCUGGCUUUCAACCACAGGCACUUCAGCAAACAGCAGCAGGAAUGGCAAGUGUGGAGCAGCGAGAGGGCACCAUCCAGGUGGAGGGCCAGAGCCUCUUUUUCCGGGAGGCACGGCCUGGAAGUGGACAGGCCGCUGGCUUCUCUGUGCUGCUCUUGCAUGGUAUCCGCUUCUCCUCCGAAACCUGGCAGAAUUUGGGUACACUGCACAGACUGGCGCAGGCUGGCUACCGAGCUGUGGCCAUUGAUCUGCCAGGUCUGGGCCGCUCCAGGGAAGCAGCAGCCCCUGCCCCUAUUGGGGAGCUGGUCCCCAGCAGCUUCCUGAUGGCCAUUGUGGAUGCCUUGGAGCUGGGCCCCCCAGUUGUGAUCAGUCCAUCAUUAAGUGGCAUGUACUCCCUGCCAUUCCUCAUGGCCCCCGGCUCCCAGCUCCGGGGCUAUGUGCCAGUGGCCCCCAUCUGCACAGACAAAAUCAAUGCUGCUGACUAUGCCAAUGUGAAGACUCCUGUCCUAAUUGUAUAUGGAGACCAGGAUCCCAUGGGUCCCACCAGCUUUGAGCACCUGAAGCAGCUUCCCAAUCACCGAGUGCUGGUCAUAGAGGGGGCUGGGCACCCCUGUUACCUGGAUAAGCCUGAGGAGUGGCAUGCAGGGCUGCUCGACUUCCUGCAGGGGCUAUGAGGCUUAGCCCUGCUGAUGGGGUGGACUGCCUGCCUGCCUGCCUUGAGAACCUCUCUUCUCUCCUACAUGGGUUCUGGCUUAUGCACAUGCAACAGGUGUGUCUAUGUCUGAAUUCUUGUCUUUUGGGGGUUUGUCUGCCUUUUCUACUUUCUCUUGCAAUGACAGAUUGAGGAGGUAAAAUCAAGAGAAAAAAAAAAAAAACAAAACAAAAACUAAGGAAUCGAGGAACAUAAUCUGGUGGAGGGUAAUUCAUGAGCU